AUGAUGGGCUACAAAGGGAAGGCGACGACUAGUGUGACGUCGCUUUGCUCUUUACCCAGAGAUAUUCUUUUCAGCAUCAGCGACAUUCUCCAACGCGAAAGCCCAACAUCCCUGUCUUCUCUCAGCCUCGUCAAUUCGCAGCUUCAUCGCCUGGCGCAGUAUUGUCAGCACCAGCACGUCAGGAUUGAGAUUUUGGGCGACACCCUGAUCAAGCGAUGCGCAAUCAUUGAAUCAAACGGUCUCGAGGCUGCCGUCCGACAGCUCACACUCGUCGAUAUUCCCGGUGGCAAUAUGCAACCUUGCUCGAAAUACCGUCAGCACAUUGACAUGAUCGGUCGGGUGUUACCAAGAUUUACUGGGCUGAAGUCUCUGGAUUAUCGUGGGAACAGUGUUCCUGCGGCUAUUCUGAGCAUUCUUGCACCACAAGUCACUCUAUCUGCGACGUUCCCUGGCUCUCCGAAAACGAGCCCCGCAGACGAACUACUCAUGCGAUUGUACAACAACGAGAACCUCUCGACUCUCAAUGUCCAGUUCACGUGGAUCCACGAGUCGGAGUGCCGACGCAUCAUGCGUCACUUGAAGGAAGUGAUACUCACCUGCCCCAAUCUGAAGUCGUUGACUCUGGACGUCUCGCAGCCAACAAGCGGGUGCGUUCCGUCUUCUCAGCCUAUCGAGUACGUCGGGCUUGGGUUUGAGUAUGGCGAGAAGAUAGCACCGCUUGAAGAGCUCAUCUUACUUAAUUAUGGAUUUGGGCGGGCAUCACGAAGCCCUACUUCCGAUGUUCCGAGCGACGUUACUGGCAUUGUCGUUGCCAAUGAAAUUGACUACUGGGUGGAAUCUUUCGACUGGUCAAGGUUGAAGAAGCUGAAGACCGGAUACGAAAAGUUCGCUCUCAAGGCUGCAAGCCAGUUUACAGCUCUUGAAGAAGUUCACAUUUUGAACAGCUGGCGAAACCCGACGAUGCAUGAGUUUUUGAACCAGGUUGCAAACUCAUUGCGGACGAUCUCUGCUCCAACUCUGAGACAAGUCUCUCUUGAUGGGCUUAUGUGCCAUGCUGGCACUCUAGAGACACUUCGCCUUCAUCGAGCAGAAGACCACCAAGGCACUUGGCAGGGAGACUGUAUUGAUCUCGACAGCCUGGGCCAGCUUCAGUCCGGUUUACCAUGUCUGCGGGAGCUAAGUGUGGAUAUCGCUCGCUCUGGGCGUUGGCCACUUACCGUUUUUGACGCCUUUGCUGGCUUCAAUCGACUUCGAAUAUUGGAUAUUUGGUUUGAGCUUGGCCUUCAAGACUUCGAGCACCCGGUCGAGCCUCAGCUCACAUUUGAUACUGCCAGAGACGUCUGCGAGUACCUAAGGUCCCGGUGUCCUAAGCUACAGAGGAUGCACCUUCACUCUGGUCACGCUCCACCCAUUGGUUUCGGCUUUCCCUCUGUUCAAGCCUUCUGGCCGGAACAAAACAGCACAUCAUUUGUUUGCGAGCGGUCUGAACGAGAUGAUGCAGUUGCGAAUGAUCGUUUCAUUAUUACAUGUCCUAGACUGGAGCAGCGAGAGAAGAGUCUUCGUCGGGAGGAAGAACGAGAAAGGGGUAAUCGGAAGCCAAUCGGUGCUCAGCUCCGGAACCAUCUACAUAAGACGUUCAAACCUACGUCCUACCGCCGGAGAAAGACAGCCGAGGAUGCUUUUUCUACGAUUGGUAGAUCACGACGUCUACGGAAUGAAGCAUCUCUAGUUGCACAGCAAGGACCAACACCUGUGAGUCUUUGGGAAGGCCAUUACUGGUAG